AUGGAUGAUGAAGUUGAUGUUAAUGUCAACGAACAGAUUGAAAACAGUGAUACACUUAAGACUGAUUCUAAUGACAGUGACUAUAAAUCCACUGAUGGUGCGGCCUCCAAUGCUGCUACAGCCUCUAAUACUGCUACUGCCUCCAAUGCUGCUACGGCCUCUUCUUUUAUUGCAGCCUGCACUAUUGGUCCUAGGAGUGAUGCAGUUGGGAGAGGUUCUGGGAGUGGUGUCGUUAACAGAGGUUUAGUGCAGCACAAAGGCCCACAUAGGCUAGUCCAAUCCCAACCUAUUCAAAUUGCUGGGAUUCAACUUAUUGGAUAG